CCGAGUGGUGCACAAGGUGGGGAGUGUUUACCUUUGUUACAAGCAUUGCUUGAAAUUGUGUUGACAACAAUCACUAAAUAAUUUACAUCGAAGCGGAAGUUGUUCGACUCUUCAUCCCACCAGCCUGAAGAACGAGACAUAGACCUUGUAAAUAUAAGAUUCCCUAUAUAUUAUCAACUCCAACAAGUUGAAGUCAAAAUCGAAUGAACAUAUUUCUAGAAAAACCUGCGUUCAUUGAGAAAAAAAUAUAUCUAAUGUACAGAAAUGUGUAAUCAAUGACAAGUCAAUUUGUGAUGAGAAAAGGCAAAUGCACGUUGAAACCGAGAUGACCACAGUUGGUGUCUCGGAGUUGAUUUGCCUGAUAUGCAGAAGCCCCCUUGAAAUAUCAUCCUCCAUAAAUAUAUUUUACACUUCACUACCAAGGAGCGGUGAGCUAUUGGCGAGUUUUGUGUUGGGCACAAUUCGUCCCUCAGUAACGGACCUGCAGAGUUCCUACCUGUGUUCACAAUGUUAUAAUUUAUUUCAAAUGCUGGAACAAGCCCAGUGCACAGUUACAAAUAUUCAGAAUGAGAUAUUGAAGACGUACACUUUAAAUGAGAAUAGACAUAUCAGCAAACAUGAAAUUCGAAUUCAGGAGAAUGGAGGAAUUAGUGCCAUUGAUAAUCAUAGUAUAUACCAGAUACCUCAAGUUCAAAAUUUUGAACUAUUAAAUCAUGAGACUGUUGAAAUAAGUAGUACAAAUAAUUGUUCAAUCGAAGAGAGCCAAAAAGACUUGCAAUUAAAGCUCAAUCUACCUGAGAUACCAAAUGGUCAGCAAAAAAAUGGAUCCAAAGUUGAAAGUAGUAAUGAAGGAUCUCUGAAAGACAAUAAAAUACUCGAGCCCUCGUUGCACCCACAACCCGAGAUACUAGAGAAUAAUGAAUCUAGGAAGUCGGAAAAAAUUUCGAGAACCCUCGAGGAACCGCUGAAGCAUUCCUGUCCCAUCUGCGAUAAAAGAUGCAAAACAUCUGCUGAACUGAAGACUCAUAUUGCAUCCCACUCGUCUGUCCGUCCGUACAUGUGCGAGAAAUGUGGACAGGCUUAUAAGCACAAGCAUGCCCUCAAGAUCCACAUUGGCAUGCACAAUGGCAUAAGUCCAUUUAAAUGCAGCUUCUGUGACAAGUGCUUUACCCAGAAGGGCGCUCUUAUGAGACAUUUACCAAUGCACACUGGAGAAAUGCCGUAUCAGUGUGACCUGUGUGGCAAAAGAUUCGUUCAUCAUACGUCGUACAAUAUGCAUGUGCUGUCGCAUACGGGGAAAAAAUCGUAUCAAUGCCAUGUCUGCAAUGCGUCUCUACUAUCCACAUCUCAUUUGAAACGACACAUGAGGGUUCACACUGGGGAAAAACCGUUCAGCUGUGAUCUCUGCGGUAAACGAUUCGCAGAGAGAUAUAAUUUAUUCGCUCAUCAAAAGAUUCACGAUCCUGGCGAUGCAAUACCAAAUAACUCGGAAAAAAUACAAUACAAAUGAGACUAAUGUAACAAAUUCUUCGAUGGGGAGAACCAUUGGACAAUCAUGUUGAACAGCAACAUUCCCUAAUUGUGACU